AUGGCACACUUGAAGACGCAGAUGGAUUUUUUGAACAAGAACUUAUUAUCUGCAAAGACAGAAAAAGUGAAAGUUGUUGCAGCCAAAGGUAGAGAUGAUUCUGAUUUGGAAGAAGAAAAUAAUGGCUCUUACAUAGAAAUCAUUAUUAAAAGUGGUAAGGUAUUGGCAAGCCCUUCUAUGGGCAAGCCUUUGGUUGAUAUUGUAGCAGAUGACAUUGAAGAUGCAGAGAUUUAUCAUCAGAUAGAGUCUAGGAAAUCGGAUGAGGGAAAGGAGGCUGAAGUGGUAGUUACCACUGUUCCAAAACUACCCCCUCCAUUUCCCCAUCGAUUGAAGAAGAAGGCUAAUGACACAAAGUUUAGAAAAUUCAUAGCAAUGGUUAAGCAGUUGACGAUUAAUCUACCAUUGGUGGAGGCAUUGGAGAAAAUGCCUGGGUAUGCAAAGUUCAAGAAAGACCUCAUCUCGAAGAAGCGUUCAGUUAGUUUUGAGAUUAGGGACAAUCAUUAUAAUUGUGGUGUUAUUUCCACAAGGUCUCUGGUGCAGAAAAAAGCAGAUCUGGGAGCAUUUACUAUCCCAUACACUAUUGGACCUCUUGACUUUGCAAAAGCUCUGUGCGACUUGGGAGCUAGCAUCAAUCUGAUGCUACUAGCUGUUUACAAAAUGUUGGGUUUGGGAGAUCUCACACACACUGACAUUGACUUUUGA